AUGAUGCGCUAUCCUCUGUCUUCGCAAUUUACAAGGUCUAAGAUUCUAUUCUAUCUUCUGUUUUGGGGUGUGCAUAUCGGUGUCUUUGCUGGAGGAUGGUACAUACAAGCAUCAAACCCUAAGCUGGACACCCUCAACGUGUUGAACUACUCAGUGUGGUUCUCCCGAGGGUCCGCCUUGGUCCUCACAUUCGAUGGCACUCUCAUAGUGCUGCCGAUGUGCCGGAACCUCAUCACUCUCAUCAGGCCCAAGAUUCGAUGGCUGCCUCUCGACGAGUCGAUAUGGUUCCAUCGCCAGGUGGCGUAUUCAAUGCUGCUCUUCACCAUCAUACACGUUUCUUCCCACUAUGUCAACUUCUACAAUAUCGAAAAGGACAAGCUCCGUCCCGUCACUGCGGUUCAGAUCCAUUUCACCGAAUCAGGCGGCAUCACCGGCCAUGUGAUGCUCCUUUGCAUGAUGCUCAUGUAUACCACUUCCCACCAUCGCAUUCGGCAGCAGUCCUUUGAGACUUUCUGGUACACGCAUCAUCUGUUUGUUCCGUUUCUGCUUGCUCUUUAUGGUCAUGCAACCGGUUGCUUCGUGCGAGAUUCAGCACGGCCCGUUUCGCCAUUCGCAGGGAAUUUAUUCUGGAAGCAUUGCAUCGGAUACCAAGGUUGGAGGUGGGAACUGGUGGGUGGUGGCCUGUAUCUCCUGGAAAGACUCUACCGCGAGAUCCGAUCAAGACGCUCCACCGUCAUCACCAAGGUGGUCCGUCAUCCACAUGAUGCAAUGGAAAUUCAGUUUCGUAAAGACAGUAUGAAGUACAAAGCCGGUCAAUGGCUCUUCAUCCAGGUCCCCGAAGUGUCCAACACCCAGUGGCACCCCUUCACCAUCACCUCCUGUCCCUUCGAUCAGUACAUCAGUAUCCACGUCCGCCAAGUGGGAGAUUUCACACGCGCUCUGGGUGACGCGCUGGGCUGCGGUCCUGCACAGGCUCGAGACCUGGAAGGACUAGACCCUCUCGGCAUGUACGAAGUGGCCCUCCAGAACGGGCAGAAAAUGCCCAAGCUCCGCAUCGACGGACCCUACGGCGCGCCCGCCGAAGACGUCUUCGAGAACGAAAUCGCCGUCCUCAUCGGCACAGGCAUCGGCGUCACCCCCUGGGCCUCCAUCCUCAAGAACAUCUGGCACCUCCGCUCCGCCCCAAACCCGCCCCGCCGCCUCCGCCGAGUCGAGUUCAUCUGGGUCUGCAAGGACACCUCCUCCUUCGAGUGGUUCCAAGCCCUCCUCUCCUCGCUGGAGUCGCAGUCCGCCUCCGCCGCCGCCAACCAGAAGAGCACCGAGUUCCUGCGCAUCCACACUUACCUGACGCAGCGCCUCGACCCGGACACCGCGGCCAACAUCUACCUCAAUUCCGUCGGCCAGGAGAUCGACCCGCUCACGGAACUGCGCAGUCGCACGAACUUCGGCCGCCCGGACUUCAGCCGUCUCUUCAAGGCCAUGCAUGACGGCCUGCAUGACCAGUCGUACAUGUCCGGCUUGUACGGCGCCAAGACCACCGAGAUCGGGGUGUACUUCUGCGGGCCCAACGCGGCGGCGCGCCAGAUCCGUGAAGCGGCCAAGGCGGCGUCGUCCAAGGAUAUCAGGUUCAAGUUCUGGAAGGAGCAUUUCUGA